CGCCACCCCUCCCCCUAGUCUACCCUUGCGCGCACACGCAAAGUCAUUCAUUGUAUCGGUGUCGAGUUGAAACGGGGAUUUUCAGCGAAGUAAGUCCUGGGAAUAGACUACUAGCCGUCUAAACAAGCAUGGCAGCAAUUCGUAAGAAGCUGGUGAUUGUGGGAGAUGGUGCUUGUGGGAAGACAUGUCUGUUGAUAGUCUUCAGUAAAGACCAGUUCCCUGAGGUCUAUGUACCCACUGUAUUUGAGAACUAUGUGGCUGACAUUGAGGUGGACAGCAAGCAGGUGGAGUUGGCUCUGUGGGAUACCGCUGGCCAAGAAGACUACGACAGGCUUCGCCCCCUCUCCUACCCCGACACUGACGUCAUUCUCAUGUGCUUUUCCAUUGACAGCCCAGACAGUUUGGAGAACAUUCCAGAAAAAUGGACUCCGGAGGUCAAACACUUCUGUCCCAAUGUUCCCAUCAUCCUUGUGGGCAACAAGAAGGAUCUGCGCAACGAUGAACACACACGCCGUGAGCUGGCCAAAAUGAAACAGGAGCCAGUGAAGCCAGAGGAGGGCCGAGACAUGGCCAACAGGAUUGGCGCGUUCGGCUACAUGGAGUGCUCAGCCAAGACGAAGGACGGAGUGCGGGAGGUGUUUGAGAUGGCUACCAGAGCGGCACUACAAGCCCGAAGGGGAAAGAAGAACAGUAAAUGUCUCCUGCUGUAGACUGCAUGACAGGACUCUGUCCCUUUACCAGGGGCUCUGACAAGUGUGUGGAGAGAUGAAGGGGGUCAGAGAAGCACCCGUUUACAUCCAACUAAACUCUGACCCCUCCUCCUACCACUACUCACCCACCAGCCAAUCGCUGGAGCUCGCCUCUUUGCUUUGGGAGACUAUCCCAGAUCUAACUUUUUUUACUCAUCUUAUUUUUUAUUUUAUUUUUAAAGUUAUGGAAAACAUUUAUCAGUAUUUAAAAUUGGAGGUGAGGGGAGAACCUGGGACUGCUUUUUGUUUUAAAAUGCUUUACCUUGAUAUUUGUGGUUUCAUUACCAUCUUCCACCUGCCAAAUGCUGUCGUUGGGGCAGGUAGGCUCUGGACUGCCAGUCAAGUGCUAUGCCUGCCUGGACUCCGUAUGCUGGCUGCUUUCCGUUUAUUUGUUUGUUUGGAACACAAACAGGGCUGAUAACUGCUUUAAGUCUAGUCUCCUAUGUAAAAAAAAAAAAAUGUUUUUGGAUGUGAAGUGUUGAAACAAAUAAACAGGAAAACAUGCUGUAUGCAAAUCUGUAAAUAAAAGACGUGGGUAUAUUCAUACACACACGUACAUGACUGGAAACUGUAUUUGUAAACUAGCCUUGGGUACAAUGUGUAAUAAAUUACUUUCUAUAACACAUUU